UGCGGUAGUCUUGAACCGAUGACUCAGAUCCCCGGCCUCGGUGUCUUCUCCUGGCAGCCCGACAGGCGGGCGGGCGGGCGAGCUGGCGGCGGGAGCCUGCGGUGCACACACGCCGCUUCCGGGUCGGCGGCUCGCGCGUCCCCGCCGCAGGUUCGCGAGCGGCCCCGCCGCGGCAGCAAGCAGCAGCAACAGCGGCGAGCAGCAGCAAACGGCAGCAGCGGCGGCCCGGCCCCGGCGAGGCUAGAAAUCGCUAUAAAAGGAAGAGGCGGCGAGGAGGAAGAGGAAGCGCUGUUUACCUUCGCAGCCCAGCCCGGCGCCGCACAAAAGGAGGACGCGGCGACGCGCCGCCCCCCCGCGCCCGGGCCCCGCCGCAGCACGGGUCCCGCGUCACCGCGCCCGGGACCGCCCCGCGCCGCCCCCGCCCCAGCCCGCCUGGUGACCUUGGGCGAGUCCCGAGCGCCUAGGCCGGACCCCCAGGGCGCCGGGCCCCCGCGGCCCCUCCCUCACCUGGGAUGAGGGGUCCAGAUGCGCUCGGCUCGGGCGCCACCUGCCUGGCUGCUCCUGGACCGCGGGCGCCAGGCAGAAACACCCACAGGGUCCAGUGGUGCAAGCCCCGCGGGGACCGACCAAUAAAGCAGAGGCGAUGCGA